ACCAGCCCCGCAGACAUCACGCUCCCUCCCCAUGAAACCCCCUUCCCCCAAUCUACCCCUCUCUGUGCCCCCGACAUCCACGCUGCCUCAGCCCGCCGUCCAGCGCCCUCUCUGCGCCUCCCUCCCCACACCGCCUCAGCCCGCCGUUCGCCACGCUCCCCACGCUGCCUCCCCCCGUCGCCCCUCCCUCCCGCGCGGAACUCCGCCAUGCUCCCCACGUCGCCUCCCCCCAUCGCCCACCAGCCGUCGCCCACCAGCCCACACUAUCUCACGCCAUGGAUGGUGGCAACAGUCCCCGCCCCCGUACCUCACACGCAUCAGGCUGGGCUGGCCGAUCCCGCCGCCGCAAACGCCGCGCCCAGCCCCGAUGUCAGCGCGGCCCGCCCGCCAACGCACUUUCGGCCUCCCCCCGCCCCUCCCUUCGCCCGCCCACCCGCAACCUCCGCGCCAUCCGCAACCUCCGCCCGCUUCUCACGCCACCGACCCGACCUCCGCGCCAUCCGCAACCGUCGUGCGUCUUAUCCCUUCUCUACCGCGCACUCCGUGUGGAACAACCUCCGCGUAGGAAGCCUCCUCCCUUCCCCAUCCCCAUUCCCCACCACGCGCUUCGGGGACGGCGAGCUCCGGGCGGGAGCGACCGCCGGGCGCUUCUGCUGCUGGUGCGGAGGAGGAGGAGCGGCGAGGGUGGUUCGGCGCAGGCUCCACGGCGGCGGUGCCCGAGCCGAGUUCGACUGGCUGGCGCUCUACUGCAACCUCACACGCGGCGAUGGGCCGGACGGUAACAAUGGCAAGCUGGUCCUGGAGGAGCUGCUGUCGUGCGCCGCCACCCAAUUUUGUUUUCCCCAAAUCCUGAGCUGUGAAGAGAAGAAGAAGACAAGGACGCGGCGAGUACGAUGACGAGCGCCGCACAGCAAGUCAGCGAGGAGCACGAUGACGCGAUGAGGACCACGAGCUGCCGAGGAAGUCAAGGACGACGACGGCGCAGAGACCCGCGAGUUGAGACAUCUUCUUCGCCGGCGUGAACCGCAAGGCUGAGACAUCUUCUUCGCCGGGUUCGGCCACGCCGACACCACCGACCCGAUUUGCGCACACAUGCUAGGGCAAACUUUUUUCUCAUGCUGAAUCAGCGCUGCUGGAUAAACAAAUUGCGACCGAAAAGAGUGGGCCCAACUGCGUUUGUGAGCAGUUCUGGUGCUCUGAAUUGGCCUAAUUAAUGAUCAAGUGGUCGUGUUGUACCUAUCCUAGCCGUGUUUGCAGGCCUCUCAAAUUGAACCGAUUGCUUCAAGGGUGCCAUACAUGAUUGUGUUAACCAUGAGAGGGAUUGGCCUGGCACUGGUUCAUUCUACGGGAACCUCGACUUCGGUGGAGAAUGUGGUGUCCCUGUCCAAACUGUGUUCUACACUCCAACUGAAAACCGUGCAAAGUUCUGGUACGCAACAGAUUACGACAUGUUUAGCCUUCUGCAUUGCUCACAUGGAAGAGGACUUGAGACCCGGGACCGAGCAGUACAGAUUCAUCGAGCAAUGCCACAUUGGCCUCAUGAAGUUUCACAAUCACAGUGGUUUUUACAAGGAUUUCAGUUCAUGGUUGUACAUAGUUUUUUUAGUUUUUUUUUUGAAAAAUGAGGCAUUUUCUUUUUACCGGCGGCGGAGGCGAUGGCAACAAGCCCUUCCCUAUUCGAAUCUCUGUGACCACAGAGCCUACCUCGCUGAGCUCAUCACCGAGAUCACUGGUGGGAUCAAUGAGCUCGCCGACGUAGCACAGUUCUUUUGAUGAGAGUGGUUCAACUCUAUUUUGCUUGGUUCAGUGGAGAUGGUAGCAUGGUGAAGGAUAAUGCCUACGUGCGCAGCAAUUUUCAUUUUUCUUUUAGUUUCUUGGAGUCGUGGAAAUCUCGCUAUUCACAAGGAUUUCAUGGCGGCGUUGUUAAUUUGGGGGUUGGGCAGAGGCUUUACCUUUUGCGUCAGACAGUGCUCUCUCACAGCAAUUGUCCUUUUGCCUACCUGUAUCAUUCUGUCAUACUAUCUGCAAUUCAGCUAUGCACAGAACUAUCAAAAGCAAGCAAAGAUGCUCUAGAGUACCUGAGGAAGGUAAGGGCAUCUAUUUCUUACCACAAGGCCCAAACCAAUAUAAGCUACUUUGUGCUCUAUAAGGAUUGCCAGGAAAGUGCCAGAUUUGGCAGAGAACUUCAUGGGCCUGGAUGCAUCAUUGUUAAAGGAGAAACACCAUGGGUCCUUAUAUCUGCAAUUCAGCUAUGCACAGAACUAUGCAAAGCAAGCAAAGAUGCUCUAGAGUACCUGAGGAAGAUGGUUCGCACUCUUCAAACCACUCGCGUCAACACCAGCUACGCCCCUCAGCCCCGGCAGAUCCCGGCCUACCCAGUGGUAGUCGAGGAUGCCCCAGCGAAUCUCCCUCCCGUCCGAGUGGAGAACGUCAUCAACCUGGAGGACAGUUCGGAGGAGCAGCUGCCGACCCCCACCCCGUUGGCCGAGUCCCUGGCCUUCGCAGCUGCGUCAUCGACGUCAGCAUCGCCGGCACCAGCCUUCCAAGCACCUGCACCUGGAGGCGACGACCCCGAUGACUCCGGAGACGGCGACGACGAGGAUGACGACGACGACGACGACGAUGGAGAGGACGAACACGUCCACGAGGAAGCUGACUACGCCCAGGAGGACCACUUCAUGGGGAUUGGUCCAGUUGUCGAACAUUACACAUCAAUGUUCGAAACAGGGCACUUCCCCAACCUGCUGCAGGCAGUGCUGCACGAGCUAGGAGCCUACGUCCGCCCCCUGUAUGAGACGAGGCGAGUGAGCGAGCCUCCCCGGGCUUGCUAUUACAUCACUCGCAUCCAUGUCAGGGUGAUGGAUGCAGGUGACAGGGGAUUCAGGACUCUGUCUGCUCACGAGUCCCUGAUACCACUGUCCACCUAUGCUGCCUCUGUCAGCGACGCUGCCCGUCGGACCCUGUGGUCGCUUAGCCACACCUACCGGCAGCAGCUGCAGAACACAAGGUUCAGGCAUCUCCCUCAGCGCCUGCGUGGAGAGAGCCAGACCAACAUUGUCCCAGGUGAACCUGGUGAGGAUCGCCUCAACACCCUAGCUGGUGUAGUGGCCGGUCUCAACACCGACCUAGACAGUGCCACUCUGGACCUCUACAGUGUGCACUUGGAGCUGGAGAACGCCCACGCCAGGAUUGCAGCCCUGGAAGCCCAACUGCAGGGACUGAAUCCGCCAGAAGCUCAGGUUCCCGCCGUGACGUUGUCUCCUCCCCGCAAGAGGCUGCGCUACGGAGAGGCCGGAUCAGUCACUAGGCUGCUUUAGGAGUUUUGAGUCAUGAUGUAAUAAGUUACGCUUCGCAUUAGACGAUGAAACUAUCUUUAAUUUUUAUAUUAAUAAAUAUCAACCAUGUGAUGGUGAUUGGUUGAAAUGCUUGAUUUGAAUCUUUGUUUGAGUGCUAUGGUCUUAUGGAAUGAUGGCCAUAAGAACAUAUAAAAUUUGUAAAACUUAAGCUAUUUUCCCUCUUGAAUCUUUUCUACUCCUCACUUUUCUACGGACUUCACUUCCUAACAAAUCAGAUGGUGAACCAACGUCAAGGACCUAACAACCGGAACCAGCGUGGACAACAAGCACCACCACCACCACCACCUAAUCCCAACAUGGAGCAGUUCAUCGCCGCGCAAAUGCAGAUUCUGCAAGGACUCACUGCUGCGGUUCAACAAUUGCAACAGAACCAACAGAAUCAGCAACCCCAGCAGCAGCAAUAUGCACCCCCGGCUAGAGAUAAGCACCGGGACUUCAUGAGUCAUCACCCGCCAACUUUCUCUCAUGCGGUUGAUCCUUUGGAUGCCGAUGACUGGCUUAAGGUUAUCGGAAAGAAGUUGGACAUCACUCAGUGCAACGACCGGGAGAAGGUCUUGUACGCCUCAGGAAGACUCGAGGGAGCUGCGUCCGAUUGGUGGGAUGCCUUCACAGCGGCACAUCCCAAUGCUGACACAAUAACCUGGCAGGAGUUCCAAGAGAACUUCCGCGCUCACCACAUUCCUUCGGGAAUCAUGAAGCUGAAGAAGAAGGAGUUUCUUUCCCUUACUCAAGGGAAUAUGUCUGUCAGUGAGUAUCGUGAUCGCUUCACUCAGCUUUCACGUUAUGCUCCUGAGGAAGUGGACACUGAUGAGAAGCGCCAAGAGCGUUUUCUGGAAGGGUUGAUUGGACCUCUGAACUAUCAACUUCAGAGUCACACAUUCCCCAACUUCCAGACACUCCUGAACAAGGCAAUUGGCCUUGAGAGCAAAAGGAAGGAAUUAUCUGACCAUAAAAGGAAGUUCCAGGGUCAGUCAAGCAGAAACACUCGUCCGAAUAAUGCUCAAGGGUCGCAGUUCCGCUCUGGAAAUCAGGGUGGAAAUAAUUAUCAAGUGCAACGCUCUGGACAGCAAGGCCAGAGAAACAACCAGAAUCAGAAUCAACAAAGGAGCAACCCCCAGACCAACCAGAGGUCUGGUGGAAAUUCACAGAACCGUCAGGGUGGCACCAACAACACUCAGGCCAGAAACAACGCACCUGUCCAACCCAACGGCUGUUUGAAGUGCGGUGAAUUAGGCCACUAUGCCAACAACUGCCCAAGGCGCAACCAGCAGACACCCCAGAAAGGCAACACUCAGAGAAAUGACCAGAGCACCCCCGCUCGUGGAUCUGCUCAGAACAAGACUCCGCAGAACCAGAGCCGAGGAAGGGUCAAUCACGUCACUGCGGAAUCAGUGCCUGAGGAUGCCGACAUUGUGUAUGGUAUGUUCCUUGUUAACUCCAUACCUGCAUCAGUUUUAUUUGACUCUGGAGCAUCACAUUCAUUUAUAACUGAGUCAUUUGUGGAAAAACAUAACAUACCUAAGUACCCUCUGAAGAGGAUAUUACACAUUAGUUCACCGGGAGGUGACAUGAAAGCCACACACUCAUGCCCUCAUGUUAAUAUCAAGAUUCAAGGAAUAGAUUUUACAGUCGACCCAGUGGUCCUAGGAUCCAACGGUAUUGAUGUGAUUCUUGGAUGCAACUGGUUGAAAAGUUGUGAUGGAGUGAUACGGUGUGCCAACGGAACAAUUACGUUGACAAGUCCUCAAGGUGAAAGAAUCCAAGUCAACAUAGACAAGUCAACAGAUGAAAAAGGGAAGACAGUGAUCAAUCACUUGGAAGAAAAGCCCUUGGAAAAUAUCAAAGUAGUGUGCGAAUACCCAGACGUAUUUCCGGAAGAAUUACCAGGUAUGCCACCUGACCGUGAUAUAGAGUUUUCUAUUGAAUUAGUACCCGGAACCGCACCUAUCUCGAAAAGACCUUAUAGAAUGGAUGGCAAAGAUUUAGUAGAACUGAAGAAACAAAUAGAAGAAUUACUAGAAAAAGGUUUUAUUCGCCCAAGUUCAUCCCCUUGGGGAGCCCCAGUACUGUUUGUGAACAAGAAGGAUGGUUCGAGAAGAAUGUGCGUUGAUUAUAGAAGUUUGAAUGAAGUAACCAUCAAGAAUAAAUACCCACUACCUCGAAUUGAAGAUUUAUUCGAUCAAAUGAAGGGAGCUAAGAUAUUCUCGAAGAUAGAUCUGAGAUCGGGAUAUCAUCAGUUAAAGAUCCGAGCAGAAGAUGUACCGAAGACAGCCUUCACGACGAGAUAUGGAUUAUAUGAGUUUUUGGUCAUGUCGUUUGGACUGACUAAUGCACCAGCAUACUUUAUGAACUUGAUGAAUAAAGUAUUCAUGGAAUAUUUGGAUCAGUUUGUGGUCGUAUUCAUUGACGACAUACUGAUAUAUUCUCCGAAUGAAGAAACACACGAAGAUCAUCUAAGGCUAGUCCUACAAAAGCUUCGUGACAACCAACUGUACGCAAAAUUCUCGAAGUGUGAUUUUUGGUUGAAAGAAGUUACUUUCUUAGGGCAUAUUGUUACCGAUGGUGGAAUUAAAGUGGACCCAGGAAAGAUAAGUGAGAUACUAAAUUGGAAGCAACCCACAGAUGCGUCCAAGAUCAGAAGUUUUCUUGGAUUAGCAGGAUACUAUAGAAGAUUUAUUGAAGGUUUUUCCAAGUUAGUGAAGCCUCUUACCUCUCUACUGGAGAAAGGCAAAGAGUUCAAAUGGGAUGAAGCUUGUCAGAAUUGUUUUGAGGAACUCAAGAAGAGGUUAACCACUGCACCAAUACUGGUAAUGCCAGACAUCCACAAGGGAUUUGAUGUGUAUUGCGAUGCAUCACACCUUGGACUUGGAUGUGUGCUAAUGCAAGAAGGAAAGGUGAUUGCUUAUGCUUCAAGACAGUUGAGGAAACAUGAGAAGAAUUAUCCUACACAUGAUUUGGAACUAGCAGCCGUAGUGCAUGCUUUGAAGAUUUGGAGGCACUAUAUGAUUGGAAACAAGUGCAAAAUCUUCACGGAUCAUAAAAGCUUGAAAUAUAUAUUCACUCAGAAGGAACUCAACCUCAGACAGAGAAGAUGGCUAGAGUUGAUUAAAGAUUAUGAUUUGGAGAUACAAUAUCACCCCGGAAAGGCAAAUGUAGUAGCUGAUGCUUUGAGCCGUAAGGGUCAAGUGAACAACAUCACUACUCAUUUGAUGUCACAGGAAUUGUGCUGGGAAAUGGAACGACUCAACCUUGGAUUUCUCAAUAAUGUAGAAGCAACGGUGAUGGAAGUCGAAUCUACUUUGGAAGAAGAGAUUCGUAAAGGACAAGAGUCCGAUGAGAAGAUUAAGGAAAUUAAAUCUUUGAUUAGUUUGGGUAAAGCCCCAGAUUUCACGGAAGAUGAACAAGGCACAAUAUGGUUUAAGAAGAGAAUCUGUGUACCGGAAAUCGAGCACUUACGCCAACUUAUUUUGAGAGAAGCUCAUGAUUCAGCUUACUCUAUUCACCCUGGAAGUACAAAGAUGUACCAGGAUCUUAAGGAAAAGUAUUGGUGGUACGGUUUGAAAAGAGAUGUUGCUACUCAUGUUGCAUUAUGUGACGUGUGUCAGCGAGUUAAAGCUGAACACCAAAGACCAGCAGGAUUGCUGCAACCUCUCAAGGUACCAGAAUGGAAAUGGGAAGAAAUCAGUAUGGAUUUCAUAGUUGGACUACCCCGUACUCGAGAUGGCUAUGAUUCAAUAUGGGUCAUAGUAGACAGGUUAACCAAAGUGGCACAUUUUAUACCUGUGAAGACAACUUACUCAGGAGCCCAGUUAGCAGAGUUAUACAUGUCGAGGAUUGUUUGUCUGCAUGGAGUACCAAAGAAGAUCGUAUCAGAUCGAGGAACCCAAUUUACCUCGCGCUUUUGGAAAAGACUUCAUGAGUCCAUGGAUACCAAGCUAAAUUUUAGUUCAGCGUAUCACCCGCAAACGGAUGGGCAAACAGAAAGGACAAACCAAGUGUUGGAAGAUAUGCUAAGAGCUUGUGCUCUAAAGCAUGGUAGAAGCUGGGAUAAAAGUUUGCCUUAUGCAGAAUUUUCGUAUAACAACAGUUAUCAAGCAAGUCUCAAAAUGGCACCGUUUGAAGCACUAUAUGGACGAAAGUGUAGAACACCACUUUAUUGGAAUCAGACUGGAGAAAGUCAAGUAUUUGGUCCAGAAAUUCUCCAAGAGGCGGAAAAGCAAGUGCAAAUUAUCAGAGAAAAUUUGAAGACAGCACAGUCAAGACAGAAAAGCUAUGCUGAUAAUAGAAGAAGAGAAUUGUUGUUUGAAGUAGGAGACUUUGUCUACCUUAAAGUUUCACCGAUGAGAGGAAUGAAAAGGUUUAAGGUUAAAGGAAAAUUAUCACCUCGCUAUAUUGGCCCAUUCAAGAUUUUGGAAAGAAAAGGCGAAGUAGCCUACCAGUUAGAGCUACCCGAUAGAUUAUCAGAUGUGCAUGACGUAUUUCACGUGUCACAACUCAAGAAGUGCUUAAGAGUACCCGAAGAACAGUUACCCAUGGAAGAACUGAAUGUUAAUGAAGAUUUGACUUAUUCGGAGUACCCAAUCAGAAUUCUGGAAACAUCUCGCAGAAUUACACGGAGUAAAGUCAUUAACAUGUGCAAAGUUCAGUGGAGUCAUCAUUCGGAAGAUGAAGCCACUUGGGAAAGAGAAGAUGAACUCAGAGCAGAAUUCCCUCAGCUAUUCUCGGAAGUUUCUUAAUCUCGAGGACGAGAUUCUUUUUAAGAGGGGUAGGUUUGUAACACCAUAAAAGCCAUCAAUUAAAAUAAUAAAUUUAGAUAUUAUAUUAAUUAGGGUAAUAAAUUUAUUUUAGUGUUUAAUUAUUUAUUUUCAUCGUUUUCUUUGCAUGCAUUUGAUUUCUUACGAGAUGUUUAAUAUCAAUUCAUUUUAAAAAGAGAUACUAGUAAUUAAAUAAUAAUUAAGAAAAUAUAGUAAUUAUUAGUCUAAAAAUAAGUACUUCAUUUACAAAUAUUUUUGGUAAUUUUCUUAUAAUUUUUAGAGUUCUUUAAAAAUGAAUUUCGGAAUAAAAAAAAAAAACUAAACCUACACCUACCGGCCCAACUAAGGGCCCAUCUACCAACUACCCUAGCCUUCCUAUGCCGCGCGCGUGCUCCCUGGGAGCCUUCCCAGGCGCCGCCGCCUUCCCUCACGUCUCUCCCUCUACUCACUUCUCUCUCUCUCCUCUCUUCUCUCUCUCCUUCUCUCCUAUUCCCUCUCUCUCUUCAACGCACGAGCGCCCAGCCACUCCUCCCCUGCUGCCGCUGCCAGGCCGGCCUCGCCCGCGCCCGACCACGGCGCGAGCAACGCGCGCAGCCGAGCGCCGGCGCCCUGCAGCCGCGUACCGCGCGCUAGGAGCGAGCUCCUGCCCAGCCGCGCGAGCCGUCGCGACUCCCGCUCCGUGCGCACUCGAGCGAAAGCCGCCGCGACCGUCUGUUGUUCGCUGCGUAGUGGAACGUCAAAGCAGCCGUUUCUCCUCCAUUACUUUCUCUGUGAAACCGACGCCAUCAAUGGCCAGUGAAGGUCCAACGGCGCCCCAUUGAAGAGCCCGGCCGUUCCUCUCUCCCCCACGGCGACCCCUCUUCUCCCCUCCCUCUCUCUAUAAAAGGGGACAGCAGAGCCUCCCCAUUUCUUCCUACUCGAAUUUGUCUCUCUCUCUAGCACUCCUCGCUCAUCGCUAGUGCGUUGCCGUUCGUCGCCGGAGUGUGCUGUUCGUCGCCGGAGUUCGCCGGAGUUACGCCAUCCGCUGUCCGUAGUCGAGCCCCGCUCUCCGUCGAUCCGUCCCCGUCACACGCACGAACCCGAGAAACUGAUUGUGUGGUAGAGGACCCAAAUACGUUUGAAGACGACACGCAGGACGAUUUUGUGCA